ACGCGCUGGGAAAUUUCAAGCCGCUCGCGCGCGCCGCCAUCGCUCCCCGAGGCUUCUCCUCGGCUCCUCGUUCCGCCGUCGCCUCAGCCGCCGCCGCCUCCUCCUCCGCCGCUUCUCCAUCGUCGGCGUCGGCGUCUCCACCCUCCUCUUUAUUCUCGUUCCUUUCCUUCGCCGCCCUCGCCUCCUGCCCGCGCGGAGCCGCCAAGGCCAGGCCUCCUGCCUCGAGCCCGGCAGCAGCAGCGGCGGCGGCAGCAGCAGCAGCAGCAGCCCCGCCAGCACCAUGUCUGACCCGAGAGCAAAGGGGCAGCAGCAGCAGCAGGUGUUGAACGGUAUUCAAAACGUCGCCAAUCACCGGAAGGAUGGGAGCAGCCACGGCGACUUUGAGACUUACCUGAGCAGUCAGACCGAGCAGAGCAGCAGCUACGCAGCCGUGUCGGAGGCCUACGUGCCGGCCUACUAUGGCCCCUCGGUGGCCUUCUCCUCCUACUCGCUGAGCUCCGAGCCGGCCUGGUCCACAGCGGGCGCCGACCCGGCCGUGCCGUACAUCGCCCACCACUACGGGCCGCCGGGGGCCCUCGCCAACGGGGAUGCGCCGCUCUCCCACCACCACCACCACGUGUCGGCGCACGGGCACCCGCACCCGCACGCCCACUUCAUGGCCGACCCCGGCUACCUGGGCGGCGCGGCGACCGCCACCACUCCGGCGGCCGCGUACAUGAGCCAGCGGCAGCAGCACGCCUUCGGCUUCUUCCCCGGCGGGCCCGAAUUCGCGGCCUGGCUGAGGCCGUCGGGCGGCGGCGGGGGGGCGGCGGGCGGCGUCGGUGGCCAGGGCGGCCUGCGCGGCUCGCCCGUGUCGUCGCCCAUCUCGGUGGCGUACGGCAGCGGUUAUGCCUUCCCGCCCAGCUCGCUCGGCGGGGCGGCCGUCGUGGACCCGCAGACCGGCUCGUUCGCCGGCGGCGUGAGCCGGGCGCCGGGCCACGUCGGCGCCACCGCCUCCGCCGUGUCCGGCGGAGGCGGUGGCGGCGGCGGGGGGAGCCCCGGCGGCGUGGCGAGCGGUGUGGUGGUGCUGCAGCAGGGCGUGGGCGGUCUCCGCAUCGGCGGAGACUCCCGCGAGCCGCCCGCCGGCGGGAAACCUGGCGCGCCGCCGCCGGUGGCGGCCGGACCGGAUCCGGUGGCGCAGGCCGCGGCGGCGACGAGUGCGGCGGCGGCGCCGCAGGCCAAGCCGGCGCCGGCGUCCUGGGCGUCCAUCGCCAGCAAGCCGGCCAGGCAGCAGCUGGCGCCGAGGUCGGUGAAGGGCGGCGGUGGGGGCGGCGCGGGGAAGAUGGCCAGCGGGACGUCGGUGCCGCCCCCCCCCAUCAAGCACAACAUGGACAUCGGCACGUGGGACGGCAAGGGCCCGGUCAGCAAGGCCACGCCGCCGCCGCAGUUCGCUCAGCCCGCCGACGGAGCUCUGGCACUGGGGAAGCCGCAGGUCGACGCCGGGCAAGAGCAGGCCCAGGCCUCGGCCUCCAUGUCGGUGGACGCCAUGCAGGUGUCCGCGCAGAUGUCUCACUCCAUGUCGCCGCCGCCGCUGCCGCAACAGCAGCAGCCGGUACAGACCUUGCAGCAGCAGCAACAGCAGCAGCAACAUCAGCUGCAGUCGUACAUGAUGCAGCAGCAGCAACACCAGAACUUUCAGCAGCAAAGCCAUUACCAUCACCAGCAGCAGCAGCAGCAUGAACACCAGACUCUGCAGAAUGGUUACUACGCGAUGAUGCAGCGCCAGCCAAAUAUCAACCCGGCUAUGCAGCCUCCGCAGGUGCAAGCACCGUUUCAAGAGCAUCAGCAGCAACAGCAGCAGCAACAGCAGCAGCAACAGCAGCAGCAGCAACAGCAGCAGCAACAGCAGCAGCAGCAGCAACAACAUCAUCAGCAUCAACAGCAGCAGUCUGAUCGCUGGGUGGCUUCACGCAGCUGUGGGCCAGCAAUGCUGACUCAAAACGGGAGCCAGCCUGCUCCUAUCUCCUCCUUGCCCCAGACACGGCACCAGCUCAACCAGCAGCAGCAGCAGCAGGCUCCUCCUCGACAGAGCUUGCAGCAGCAGCAGCAGGUAACGACACCGUCGUUUGCCGGCGACGGGAGCGGCGGCGGCGCGCCUGGCAUCGGGGAACCGGCGCCGGCUCCGCUACAGGCGCCGCCGCCGCUGCUGGAGAAGCUGCAGUCGCACAACGGCUACAACCCGAGCGACUUCGACUGCAGCCCGCGUGACCUGCGGGCCUUUAUCAUCAAGAGCUACUCGGAGGACGACGUCCACCGCUCGGUCAAGUACUCCAUCUGGUGCAGCACCGAGCACGGCAACCGGCGGCUGGACGGCGCCUACCGCGCCAUGCAGGGCAAGGGCCCCGUCUACCUCCUCUUCAGCGUCAACGGCAGCGGCCACUUCUGCGGCGUGGCGCAGAUGACCUCGCCCGUGGACUACCAGACGUGCGCCGGCGUGUGGUCGCAGGACAAGUGGAAGGGCAAGUUCGAGGUGCAGUGGAUCUUUGUGAAAGACGUGCCCAACUCGCAGCUGCGCCACAUCCGCCUGGAAAACAACGAGAACAAGCCGGUGACCAACUCUCGCGACACGCAGGAGGUGCCGCUCGACAAGGCGCGCCAGGCGCUGCGCGUCAUCGCCGCCUUCCGCCACACCACCUCCAUCUUCGACGACUUCGCGCACUACGAGCGCCGGCAGGAGGAGGAGGAGAGCCUGAGGAGAGACAAGGCGAGGGCGGCCGCCAACGCCAACAACGCCGCCGCCAACGCCGCCGCCAACGUUGCCAACGCCGCCGCCGGCGCCACCGGCGCCGCCGGCAACAACGCCAACGCCGCCGGCGCCGCGUCGGGGCCCGCCCGGCGCCGCCCCCCGCGGACGGCGCGCCCCCGCACGGACGGCCGCUAGAGCGACGGCACUCGCCGGUCCAGGCGGCACGCGCGAGGCGGCGCAAGCGCAGCGAGCGAUGGCGAGGGUGGCCGGACCUGCGGGCGGGGGGUUGGUUGCUGGAGGUCGCUCUGCCGUCGGGACGCGCGAGCGAGAGGAGUCCCCGGCAGGGUCGCCACCGCUCUCUCUGCUCGUCCUGAUAGAGACGCUACCCACGGUGGCCACCGGCCGCGGAUUGUUUUGUGUUCGCUUCGAGUUCUUUGCGUCCCUGCCCCAUCUUCUCCCCCUGUCCCCUUCGUGUGUGUGCGUGCGCGCACUUUCUGUGUGUGCGUGCACGUGCGCGCGUGUGUGUGUGCAUGUGUGUGCGCGCAUGUGUGUGUGCGUGUGCGUGUGCGCCUGCGCGCGUGUGUGUGCGCGUGCGUGUGUGUGCACGUGCGUGUGUGUGCGCGUGCGUGUGUGUGCGCGUGCGUGCUUGUGUGCGUGUGUGCCGCGGCAGCAAGGGGUGAGCCGGUGGCGUCUGUCGCGAAGGAGGAGGAGGAGGGGGCGGAGGGUGACACUCGUAGUGCUGUUUGGAGUGUGGACCGAGUCACUCGUAAGCGUAACUUAUAUCCCCCCAGCCGACGGUGAAGUCGCAUCUUUGUUUUUUCGCCGUUUUACUUUUAUUUUGUACUUUGGAAGUUUCUGUUUUUCUUUUGAUUGUCUCUCAAGUACUCCUCACGUUUUCACUGUAACCGACUGUACCUGUAACGUCAUAUUUACGCAUCUUUGUAUUUUAUUUCGCUUGGGGACGCGGGGCAGGGAGGAGGGGCGAGAGAGAAGCGCGGCAGCUUUCCAGAGAGGGGGGGGUGGUGUGGGGAGCCAUCGUAAGUGUGCGCGCAAUGGACCGGUGAUGAGGAGGACGAGGAGGCGGACGACGAGGCGGAGGAGGGCGGCGGCGGUGGCCACAUCUCCGGUUGCCCGCGUCGCGUCGCCCGUGUUUGAGGAGGUUUUCACGUGUGAUUGUAAGCAAUGUUUAAACGAAAAAAGCAAAAGCAAUUGUCUGCCGUUACAAAUUAUAGUCGUAAUAGUAAUGAUGAUGAUCAGAAGACGGGAAGCCUAACGGGGGCUGCGUUGUCGCAGUCCUGGACUGUUGGUCUGUCGGGGAAAAAAGGUGACUUGACAGACCCUCUGCUAACGGUGGCUCCGGUUGGACGGAGCGUGGAGAGAGCGCCGCCCCGAGAGAGACGAGGGAAGCGACGAGGAGAGAGGGGGGGGGGGGACGCGUUUCGUCUCUGCCGCCCCCUGGGGACCGCUCGACCGCCUGAGCCGCGCAUUCCGACGCUCCCCGUGAGCGGUAAUUAUCCAGCCGGCGGGCCAGAUGGGUCGACGCCAGGCCACGGCCAGAGCAGCUCACCCUCGCCGCCAAACAUCGUCCACCAUGAGCCUUCCUGCCCACCCCCCCCCCCAAAAAAAAUUAAACCCACGAGCCCCUCCCCUGAGAUGAAGACAAGCGUUGAGCAAUGUUACAAUUUCCCAACAAUGAAGACUUCCAGUGUUUAAUUAGACCUCCCCCUCUACCAACACGUUUGAGGUAUUCGCAGUACUGUACUGGAUAUUGCCUGUAAUAAAUGUACUGUACUUAGACCAAAA